AUGAGAGGAGAGAUAAAUGGUCUCAAAACUUUGAUUAUGAAAGAUAGUCCAUCGGCAUAUUACAUUCAUUGUUUUGCUCAUCAAUUGCAAUUAACACUUGUAGCUAUUGCUAAAAAACAUGGGGAUGUUGAAGACUUCUUUGAUCAUGUUACUAAUGUGUUGAAUGUUGUUGGAGGAUCUUUUAAGCGUAGAGAUUUAAUUCGUCAUCAUCAAGCUGAAAAGUUGGAGCGCUUACUUGAAUCAGAGCUUAAUGAUCGUUUUGAUGUAGCGAGUAGUGAUUUGCUUCUUGGGAUGGGUAGAAUCAUGACUUUAGCAAAGUGUUAUCCAGAUGAGUUUGAUGAAGUACGAAUUCGAGAUUUGAGUUACCAACUUGAUACUUUCAUAUUUCAUAUGCGAAGUGGUAAUCCCAAGUUCUCCAACUUGCAAGGAAUUCGUGAUUUGGCAAAAGCAUUGGUUGAGGCAAAUCUUGUGGAUACUUAUUCACUUGUUUAUUUACUUGUGAAGUUAACUCUGAUCUUACCUGUUGCAACCGCAACUGUGGAGAGAGCAUUCUCAUCCAUGAAGCGGAUCAAAAAUGAAGUCACGCGGAAUAGCAUUGGUGAUCAAAUUUUGAAUGAUUGUUUAAUAUGUUACAUAGAGCGUGAUGUAUUUACAAAUGUAAGUAAUGAUGUCAUCAUUGAUCAUUUUCAGAAGAUGAAACCUCGUCGAGGACAAUUGUAA